GACUCGCUGGCUGGUCAGUCAGGCUGGUGUCUUCCGCGGUGAAGAGGAGUAGAGAUAGAGGCGAGCGCGGCCGAGGGGUUCAAAUGUCGUGUCGCGUGUAUCGCCUGCGCCUGGCCAGCGAAAAACUAGACAGAUCCAUUUUGUAUCCACUCGGCCACUCGGUCACGUAUUGAAUGUCAAUCUGUCAGUCGUGCACGCCUCGAUAUGACGAUUUAAGACAGCGAAAUCUGUUACGUUGCGGAGCGGCGCGAGAACGCCGAGAAAAUACAUGUAAUUUCAUACACGCAAGCAUUUCAUGCAUAUCUUACACAUGCGGUGCAACGUAAUCAUUUUUUAAGAGGAUAUUUAAUAGAUGUAAACAUAUGAAGCUUAAUGACUGGAUGCUGGUAAAGAGAUUCAUUAACGAAACGGCAUGCUUGUAAGAGCCUGGCCGCGCACUGUCACGUGGGAUGAAUGAAGAAGAACUAUUGAAACGGUCUGCUGAAGAGCGCGAUAAGAUUUUCAGUUCCUAUGACCGCGGUAGGGAAGGCACUGAGAUUGAUCCCUGGGAGGAUCCCGGUUAUGAAGUCUAUCACACUACAGAUAGAUAUGGAUUCAUACACGAUAAAAGAUUACCACAGAAGCCGGAUUCAUAUGAGAUCAAGUUACACCAUGUGGAGAUGGAAAGAUUGAAGAAAUGGGAGAAGAUGACAAAACAGUGGGACAGUGCCUCGACCAAGGAAAAACUGCGUCGUAGAAUAUAUAAAGGGAUUCCUAACAGAUUUCGUGGUCAAGUAUGGACUCUACUCUUAGGCAUCAAGAAUCUCAAAAGGGAGCAGGCAGGCAAAUACGAAGAGAUGCUACAAUUAGCUCGGCAAUGGUCCACAGAAAUACGACAGAUCGAUGCCGAUGUCGCCAGACAAUACAGAGAUCAUAUUAACUAUAGGGAGAGAUAUAGCAUAAAACAAAAAUCCAUGUUUUACGUACUAGCGGCCUAUAGUAUGUAUAACAUGGAGGUAGGAUAUUGUCAAGGAAUGUCUGUAUUAGCUGGUUUGCUGCUGCUUUACAUGGACGAGGAGGACGCAUUUUGGGGCCUUUCUGUGUUACUUGCUGAUCAAAAAUAUAGCAUGCAUGGCUUUUACGUCGAUGGUUUUCCAAAAUUAAAUCGUUUCAUAGAGCAUCAUGACAAGAUAAUGAACAAAUUUUUGCCGAAAUUGAAACGGAAAAUGGAUAAAUGUGGCUGCGAUUCCAUACUUUAUGCACUGAAGUGGUUCUUUGUUGUUUUUCAGGAAAGAACUCCCGUUAGUCUCGGUCUUCGUAUUUGGGACAUAUUUCUAUUGGAUGGUGACCGCAUACUACCGGCGAUGGCGUAUACUGUGAUGAAGCUACAUAAGCGCUAUCUGAUGCCGAUGGAGAGUCUCGAUGAAUUCUGCAAUUAUCUGCAGAUCAAAUUAGAGAAGGACUUCUGUUUUGACGACGACACUGUGAUCAGUACGAUGGAGCGCAGCAUGGAGGAGUUAAAGCGUGCCAAAUUAGAUUAUCCGGGUGUACCGUUGCCUCAUGAACUGCCCCGUAUUCCGUUUGGCACUUUCAAGGAGCCUUCGUUUACCAAUAAGGUUGGAAGGCGAAGCGAGGAGUUUAGCGAAGCUCAGCAUGUAAUGCGAGAAUCUGUGGCCCAGCGCAGGGACAUGGCACUGAUCGACAACGGCAGGGAGAGCACUACGCCCGUCGAACCGACCAGUGGUCUUGGCGGAAGCAAGUUUUCCUUUGAUCCGAGCAUCGACGACGGCACGUCUCCUAACGGUUCCCGCCGAUCGUUAGCCGAGACAUCGGUGACAUCGACGGCCGACUUGUCGGUAUUCAGUUCGGCGACGCGUUCCCAAGCGCUGGACAACAGCCUGGAUACCCAGAGCAAUAUCUCAAACGCCAGCUCGGGCAGCGGUGGUCUACCGACGCCGCGCGCGACUUCGCAUCAGCCCAGCCCGGACGUGCUGCGCAUCUACGUGCCGUACACGUCGCCCGUCGUAUCGGCGGCGAUCUCUUACAAGGACGAUCUGCCGCGCACGCUACCACGCUCCUUGGACACCAAUAGGAUCCGCAUCCGCAUCGACCCGGAUCAGACUCCCAUCGUCGAGAAUCUCCAGCCGUUUUCCUUGGAGAGUCCGGAAGUGGAGCUAGACUUGAAGUAGAAAUAUUGUAAGUCGAAAUAUUGAGUUGCAUGCGGAAGAUCAUUGUCGAAGAUCGAGAUAGGGUGUCCUGGAAGUCGUGCGUUUCUAGAUAAGAAAAUAAUAUCGCGAGACGGGAAUCUGUUCUACAAAAUAUUUAAGUAUCGUUCUCUGAUAAAAAUCAAGCUUUAAGAAGAAAUAAUAAUAUUGCAUCAAUUUUUUUUUAUGCCUGGUAAAAAAUAUAUUUUAGCUUGUCCAGCUUAUAGCUUUCGUAGCAUAUAGAGAUCUUUUUUCUUUUUCACUUGUACAUUGGAUAUCACACUGUCAUUACAAGUGCAACUAGUAUUUCAUAACAUUUUGAUUUAUAGGAAAUAUUUUCGAACCUUUUUCCUCUCCUGAAAAAUAAAAUAAUCAUUAGCUUAUGUUUUUUAUAGAAAGAAUAUCGAGGAAUUGGCAUUAAAAAUAAAGAAUUUGCGUGUAUUUUUGUCGGAGACUUUUAUAUACUUGAAAACUUUUAUAUACUUGACUCUAAAGAAUUCUCAAGAAAAAAAAUAACUGCACGACUUCUGGCAUAUUCAACGUAUGUAUAUCUUAUACCCUGUAUACAUACAAAUCGCGCAUAUGCGAUAAAAAAAAUAACAAUGACAAAUACGAGAGCCAUCGUGUUAAAUCUUAAGAGAUUUCGUUUUAAAAAGCGUGUCAAUUGAAGUAUUAAGAAAAAUUAGAAAUGGGAGAAAAAUUAAUAUGAUGUAUACCGUUUUUAGAACGUAAUCUUAAAUACUAAUUACACUAUAUAUAAUCUUUGAUAUAUAUCUGUUAUCCUUAUAAAAAUGCAUUUCAAUUCAAAAAGUUGUAAAGUUGUAAGAAUCAAUUAUAUACAUUUCAAUUUUUGAAGACUCUAAAAUGUUCACACUUUAAUUGCAUUCCAACUCACAAAGAUUCAAUGAGACCAGAGAGUUAAAUGUUUCAAUUUUAAGCAGGAUGGAAUUUAUAUAACAUUUUAAUUAUCAAAUUAAAAAUGAACAAAAUAUUGUCGUUCAUCGUGGCCUAAUUUAUGAUUAUUCAUAAAUAGAUGAAUAUUGCAUUACUCGUUGCACAUAUUAUUACAUGAUCAUAUUUAUCACGCAAUUUUAUUUGCAGUUUUUGAUCGAUUUUUCAUUCCCAUGAGAAGAAAAGAACGCGUAUAUGAUAAAAAUGUUCGCGGAGCCGAAAUAACACUGCUACAGUAUUUCGGAUUGCUAAGAAGAGUUUAGAGUGUAGAGAGGUAUCAUGUUUUAUAUAAAACACAGAUGUAUCUAGAGACAAAUUAAUUUUUUUAACGUAACUAUUGUAAAGAAUUGAGUUUUAUUAGAUGUAGACACAAAUAAAUAAUUAAUAUAAAUCUCGUUAAACUCUAUAUAACUCUAUAAUUGAAUUUUGUAAUGUAGAGAUGUAAAAGGGAAAUGGAUUUGUUUCUGGAUACAACGUCACUAAAAAUUUCUGGUUAAGAAUUACCAAGUUGUUCUGCGCGUUUCUCUGUCGAGAUUGAAUAAUCUAAGAGAGGAACAUUUACCGAUUUGUCGAUUUAUCUUCCGAGCAACUGUAAAAAUUGCUAAAUGAAUUAUCUUAGCAUACUUUCUCCAAGAAAUAUCAUACGAUAUACAUACGAUUAUUUAUGCGUUCGCCACACAAGAUGAUUAUAUUUGCCUGUCUUAAAGAAAACUACUCUUACGGAUUAUAUUAAGUAUUAUGCUGCCUUGGUAAUAUCAAUGUGUCACUUUGUGUUUUACUCUAAGUUAUUCUCUUUCUCCCUCAUCGUUUUUAUAUAUAUAUAUAUAAUUCAUACAUUAUAAGAAAUAUACUUUUGUACAUAUACAUAAUAUUUAAGGGAGAAAAAAGUGGAAAAAAUAGACUUUUUUUUUCUGUUGUUAAGAAGUGAAAGAAGCUCCUCAGAUGCCUGUUGAAUUUAAGCCUCUUCAUCGUAGAAUGUGAAUAUUGAACAGUUUUCCUUUUGUGUUGCAUUGAGAUUGCUUUGUACUAUUUGACUGUGGAGAAGCAUCGCGCUUCUGUAUGCUCCUUGCUUCCGAUUUCGCCAACAUUCCCGAAACGCAAUGUAUAUAGCUACAGAGCCUAAAAAAAAUUACCUUCAUGCAUUAAUGCAGACUCGACAAACAAUCGAUUGUUAAUACCUAAUAAUAAUAGUGUAAGAGAGAAGCAAUGUUGAUUAAAUAUUGAAUGUUGAUCUUUAUUGUGUUCACCAGAACGAGAUUGAUAGAAUUAAAAUCAUCUACCAUAAGAAUACCUCCUCGUUUAUUUCUAAUGCGAACCGAAAUAACGAUGGCCUCUUUUUUUUCUUUCCUUUUGUUUAAUUAUAUUCAAUGGAAUAUUUUUCAAUAACAAAAUAUUGUACGAUAGAUCUAGCCGCAUAUAAUUUGUUUCUUCCAUUGUACAUUAUUUUAAUGCAAUUUUGUCAAGAUACAAUAAAAUACCAUUACGAUGAUUGAUACAAAAAUAGCGAGAAUGUUAAAUAGAAUAGAAUGUUAAAUAGAAUAGACGCAGAGCGUUGAUUGGUGUUGCAAUGCAUUCGCAUAAUCCGCUUGAAAAGAAAAAGAAAUCAAACUCGAUAUAGCUACCAGAAAGGUAACUUUAACACAAAGUAUAUCAAAUAAGAGAUUUUAUAUAAGAGCGUAUAGGGGAUUCCUGUUGUACAUUGAUUACACACUAGUAGCUGUUACAAUAAUGCUGAUAAUGCCCUACCGUAGUUAUAAAUUUCAUUGUCAAAGCCCGACAAUUCGUGUUCUUGAAACACGAUACUUUACCUAGUAGAAUUGUACAUAUAAACUGAUCGAUAACUCUGAUGUUUAGUACGUUUCAAAUCGACGUGAUAAUCCCUGUUAUGUGCAACGAUUAUUCUGUUCCGCGUGGUUAAAGUAUAAUAUAUUUAGUUUUUAAGAGGGGCGAUUCUCUGUAUCGAAGCAAUGACUAAUCAUUACUGCAUUUAUCCGCCCAUGAAAUGAAAAAUUCCAUAAAUAUAUAAAUACAAUAAAGUAAUUUAAUGGAGAUGCGAGAAGAAUAAAAUUGCUUCAUUAUUGGAUCAAGAGUACGAACAUUGUAAUAUAUUUUAUUCAAGUCUAAGAGUACUUUGGAAAGUGUCCUCGCUUCAGAAGAUUUAAACAGAAAAAUAAUUGAAAAAAAAAACACGUAUUAAUUACGAAUAAAGUGUGUCCUAAAACUA